ACAGUCGUCAUGUUCCCCUGGCUCGCUUUCGGCCACAUAAGCCCGUUCGCGCAGCUGGCGCGCAGGCUGGUCUCCGGCGAGGCCGGGGUCUGCGUCACGUUCCUCACGGCCGCCGGGAUCACGCCUCGCGUCGAGGCCAUGCUGGCGUCUGCCGCCGGCGCGGUGAGGGUCCUGCCCCUGAGCCUGCCCCAGGUCCCUGGCCUGCCCACGGGGGCCGCGAGCACCGCGGACGUCUCGGCCGACGGCGCUGAGCUGCUGAAGCUUGCCCUCGAUGGCACCCAGCCCGAGGUGCGCGCGCUGCUCGCCGAGCUCCGCCCGGACGCCGUGCUGAUCGACUUCGCCACCCCGUGGGUCUGCGACGUCGCCGAGCCUCUCGGCGCCAAGGUGCUCUACUUCAACGUCUUCUCCGCCGUCUCCUUCGCUUACCUCAAUGUACCUGCCCGCCUCGCCGACGGACGGCGGCCGUCCGCCGUGAUCGCCCGCUACCUCGUGGUGGCGCCUGCCGGAUUUCCUGCGGCCUCGGCGCUCGCCUCCGUGCCGCCCCACCAGGCAGCGGACCUGGUGUACCUGUACACCAGCUUCUACGGCAUGUCGUGCGUGUACGACCGCGUGGUUCCCAGCGUCAAGGGCAGCGCCGGCUUUGUCACGAAAUCCUCCCGGGACAUGGAGGCCCCCUACGUCGAUUACAUCUCCUCCCAGUACGGCAAGUCCGUCAUCCUCGCCGGACCCGUCGUGCCGGAGCCACCGCGAGGCGACGCCGUCAUCUUCGCAUCGUUCGGGAGCGAGACGUUCCUGCCCGUCGCCGCAGCGAUGGAGCUCCUCCUCGGGCUGGAGGCAACCGGCCGCCCGUUCCUCGUCGUGCUCAACUUCCACAAGGGCACGGACGCAGCGGCGGAGGUCGCGACGCGCACCCUGCCGGGCUUCGGGGAGCGGGUGAAGGGGAGAGGGCUGGUGCACACGGGCUGGGUGCAGCAGCAGCACAUCCUGCGGCACCGGAGCGUCGGCUGCUUCGUGAACCACGCCGGGCUCGGCGCCGGCUGCCGCCUGGUGCUGCUGCCGAUGAAGACCGACCAGUACUUCAACGCCGCGCUGUUCGUGCGCGAGCUCCGCGUCGGGGUGGAGGUGGUGCAGCGGGACGAGGACGGGUGGUUCGGUCGCGCGGACGUGACAGACGCUGUCGCCGCUGCGGUGGCAACGGGGGGUGAUGGAGAUGCGAGCAAGUGGAGGGAGUUCUUUACUAGCGACGCCGUGCAGAAUAAGUUAGCGGUUGACUUCGUCAGGGAGCUCAAGGAGGUCGUGAGGGCGUAACAGCAGAUAAUCCGAGGAAAACUGCCUUCCGAGUGCACUAAUGUGCCUCGACAGGGAAGCCGGCCUACUCCUGAAAUCUUAUGAUCAUUUCAUGACACAGGUGCUUCCACCCAACCCUCCUCGCAAGCAAGAUGACACACGUCAAGGUUGAAGGAGCUGCAAAGACAAGAUCGUUCUGAAGAACAUUAUCCUAUUUUCUACUAUCAAGUACUCAUAUUAAGUUCGGUAGGCACAUUUGUGCACAGGAGGCUCUAGUUAAAAACUUUCGGCAUUAGAAGUCUUGUAUCAAG